AGAAAAGGCCUCAUAUUCCAGAACUGUUAUUAUUAUAAAUAUUUGAUUUAAAUACGGUUUCUCAGAAUAAUUAUGCAAAUAUUACUGUAACAUUAUGAUUUUAUUAUUACGUGUUACGUGUGUAUAUUCUAUUUCUUUACUUCCCUCAACAAGCUUUCACAGACACGCGUCACAGGAUGACGCUCCUCCGCUCUGUGAUUGGCCGAGCGCCCUGUCAGUCUGCGACGCGGCGUCCAAUGGGAGCGUGCUGCAGGCGAUACAAACUGGCAGCGGCCAUGUUGUGUCUCCGGGGGCCAACAGCGACGUCCGGUAGUAAACAGUAGAUGACGUUACCGCCCGCUCGGCAGUUCACGGGAAACGGACCGCAGCUGGAAGCCAUGAGCCGCCCGUCCUCUGCCGGAGGCGGAGCACUCGGUGCCGGGAAAGCAGCGGGCGGAGGAAAGCACGGGGGAGCCGGAGGCGCCGCCGCAGCAGCGGCCGUGGCCGCCGGGCUGAGCUCCGUGGCCGUUCCGGGGUCCGCCGCCCCGUCCUCCGCCCUCCCGCUCGGCCUGCCCGGGCAGUCCCCGGAGCUCACGGCGCUGUUCGAGUGCCCGGUAUGCUUCGACUACGUGCUGCCGCCCAUCCUGCAGUGCCAGGCGGGCCACCUGGUGUGCAACCAGUGCCGCCAGAAGCUGAGCUGCUGCCCGACGUGCCGCGGCCCGCUGAGCCCGAGCAUCCGCAACCUGGCCAUGGAGAAGGUGGCGUCCACGCUGCCGUUCCCCUGCAAGUACUCGUCCUCCGGCUGUCCUCUGUCCCUCCACCACAGCGAGAAGCCGGACCACGAGGAGGUGUGUGAGUUCCGUCCGUACACCUGUCCGUGUCCCGGAGCCACCUGUAAGUGGCACGGCUCGCUGGAGGCCGUCAUGCCGCACCUGAUGCACGCCCACAAGUCCAUCACCACGCUGCAGGGGGAGGACAUCGUCUUCCUGGCGACCGACAUCAACCUGCCGGGCGCCGUGGACUGGGUGAUGAUGCAGUCGUGCUUCAGCCACCACUUCAUGCUGGUGCUGGAGAAGCAGGAGAAGUACGAGGGCCACCAGCAGUUCUUCGCCGUGGUGCUGCUCAUCGGCACCCGCAAGCAGGCCGAGAACUUCGCCUACCGCCUGGAGCUCAACGGGAACCGGCGCCGGCUCACCUGGGAGGCCACGCCGCGCUCCAUCCACGACGGCGUGGCGGCGGCCAUCAUGAACAGCGACUGCCUGGUCUUCGACACCUCCAUCGCGCACUUGUUCGCCGACAACGGCAACCUGGGGAUCAACGUCACCAUCUCCAUGUGCUGAGGGAACCAGACGGGAGCAUCGGGCCCCCGGGGGCCCCGCAGCCAUGGACCAGUAACGUAGGGCCAUCGGCCCGAGGGGGAGGAGACUCCUCACAGAGACGCAGAGACGAGGACAUUCCACUGAAAUGCCGACGUGACGCCGUGUCUUUAAAUCAAUGAGCAGCUUCAUUGACUCUACGAUACCUCAAAGUAGUCCAGAGAAACUCUGUAUGAAUACACACAUGUAUGUAUACAUAUAUAUACAUAGAUGUGUGUAUACACAUAUAUAUAUACAUAGAUGUGUGUGUAUACACAUAUACAUACAUGGAUGCGUGUGUAUAUACACACACACACCAGGUUGAUUCCAGGGAUUCAGACUCGGAAAACCUGCAUUUUAAAGGAAUAAUAAAACACGAGUCUGACUUUUUACUAAUCAUUCUUCAUCAUUACUUUGUUUAUUUGGAUGUGGGAGCUUCUCUGGUCGGAGGAGGACUCGGCCUGAAGGAUUCAUACGGAGAGUUAAAAGUUACACCAGUUGUAGAAUUAAAGCUGAAGCUAAAAAAUGUUUAAAGUGAAAUAAUUCAUUUAAAUGAAUGUGAUUUCACAUGUCAGUAACUGAUAUAAUUAACAGUUCCCUGGACAGCAUAUAUUAACGAUAAUUAAAGGUUAUAGUGAAUGUUUCACCAAAACUAAAGUCAUUUGACUUUAAGAUUACAAAUGUACACUUAAGUCCAAUAACUUGUUGUGUAAAAACAGCUACUUAACGUUAUUAAACCACAGCGUUCUGUGGCUCGUUAAGAGUUCUAAAGGGCUCGUUUAUUUCAAAUCAGAACUAAUAACCACGCAGGAAAUGUCUGAUUUUCACUUUACAGCCACCGACUUUCUAUGAAAUGUUUUAUUGUAAAUUACGUCUAUACAGCAGUAUAUUUUCUAAAAACUGCUACAUUUAUUAUGUUUGAUUCUGCUGCUGAUGAAAUAAAAAUGAAUGGAAGAAAACGCUUGUUUUACUUCGUCAAUCAACUUAA